GCUUCGAAAAAAACACAGAGAAACAACAAACAGACUAAGGCCGCUCCACAGCCAGAAACAGAAACAGAAACAGAAAUCAAAUGAAGCAGCAGCCGAAACGUGCAUAGCCAGACUUUUCCACUGCUAAAUUAUUUUACCGAGUACCCACACCAAAAUUCAACUGUUUCACGAAGAAUUCUAUGCUACUGACGUUAUUUUAACCACAUAAACGUAAAUUAAAUUUGCCAUCAAACAAAUGCAACGGACCAACGCCAUUUAAGUGAUACAACAAAACAAAUAAAAGUUUAAACAACAUAAGUGCUGUGAUUCCACUACAAAACAACAACAACAACAACAACAACCAACAAGAAAUGUUAAUUUAAACUGCAACAACAAGAAGUAGAAGAAGAAAAAGCAAUCAGCAAGAAAACAAACAGCAAAUUGUGAUAAAUUAAAAAUAAUCUUAAUUAAUUAAUUGUACAAGUGAUAUAAAAAGGGCGACCCAAAAAGCCGUCGGAAAAUAGCGAGCGAACGAGCGAACGACUUUCGAUUCGAUUCGACUUUCCCACUUCAAAGAAAAGCACACCACACACAGGAAAACCAAUGAAAAUGGAUGUUAUCCCCGCGCAGAGCAUCAUCUACGGCAGUGUUAGUGUUCGAGGAUCAAACAAAACUAAAGAUUGGACCAGCAACCUGUCUCCGUUCGAAGCCGUCGAAGCGGCCGUCGCCGUAAUGCCCAAGAAGGCCAAGACCGCCGGGGGCAGCAGCGCCACCGCCACCACAGCCACAGCCACAGCCACCAGUAUUAAGCACAAGCAGCCGGCGGGCAGCGGCAGCAACCAUGUUGGCCAGAGCCAGAGCAAGAAGACGAAGCCCAGCGGCAGCUACAACAGCAACUAUUACUACGCCGACGAGGAGGAGGGCGUCAGCGGCAGCGGCUACUACUCGAUGAACUUCGACACCAAGGCCGUGGACGAGCUGUCCCUGCGGCUGCUCGACGAGCUGAGGGCGGCCAAGUCGCGGCAUUUGACCUGCACCGAAGUGUCGCUACCCUGUGAUCUCACGCCGAGCGUGGCCCGGGAAAUCAUCCGCGUGUCGGAGAAGGAGCCCUGCGGCAUCCGCGGCUGCACCAUCUACAUUGAGUUCGAGGACGAGCCGAAGAACUCGCGUCGCAUCGCCUCGAUCAAGAUCGAUCCGGACACGGUGUCCACAUUCGAAGUGUAUCUGACCCUCAGGCAGGAUCACCGCGGCUGGACGUCCCUGCUGCCGCAGUUCAUGAAGAGCCUGGCCCGCACGAUCACCAUCAGUCCGGAGUACACGAUCACCAAGAACAAGCUGUAUUCCGCCGAUGGAUUGGGCGCACGGCGCAGCUAUAGCUUCGGCAGCCACGCCCACAGCCCCAGUGCGGCCAUAGCCACGCCCACAAAUUAAGGUGAUCUUGGAGAUCUGUCGUCAGAUGUAUUUGGUAUAUGUCUGCAAAAAACACCACCCCUGUGAUGAUCGAGAGCAGUAGUUUGUUGCAGUUGAAGGGCAACAACGAAGCAAGUAUUCGAAGCCACCCCACCUACACCACACACACACACAUACACACACAAACACACACCUAAAACACACACACACAACACAUUAGGGUACGCCAACCACACUCUCAUACUAAUACUAUAUAAUGGGACCGUAAGGCCCGAUUUUUGUAAUUGUGACUCUCACCACCAUUUUACUUAGAUGCGUAGUGCUAUAACAAAUAACUAGAGUUUUAAGUUGUUUCUCCUUUUUCAAAAACGCAAAAGCAAGAAAAACAAAAGGCGAGCAGAGCGGAAGAAAAGUAAAGAAAAACCAACAUGAAAUUCAAAGACGGCAGCCCCACGAAUCCCAGAAUCAUAUUUCUGGGGCCUUCGCUUUGGGGCUCGCCGGUCGACAACUCAUGAAUAUGUGAUACUGUUUAAGAUGCUAAGAGUCUUUUGCCGGAUCCACCAAAUUCGGCAAGAGACGUUGAUAAAAUUACACAUUACACACAACAAAAACACACAUACACACACACCCCAUACAUACACAACAAAAAGAACAGAUUUUUUUAAAAAUUGUAUGCUAUAUAGUAAUAAACAAACAAACAAACCAACAAAACAAACAAACUUGAUCUUGGUAAAUUUAAAAUUUAACUUUAAAACUGAGAAGAGGCCUCGAAAUGUGAAAGAGGUAGAUGAACACACGCUCCAAUUUUAGUUAGACGCAGCUUGCUGCAAUAAAAAUUUUUUAAAUUAUUAAUUAAUAUUAAUUAAAACCAACAAAUUUUAGGAUUUUAACAAAUUUUUAUAUAUUAUUAAAUGUAUAGCGCGUACUACACGAAAAAGAAAAAACCCAAAAAAAUACAAAGAAAAUCCACAACAAAAAAAUAAAAAUGAGAAUAAAUUAAACAUAAAAAUCAAGCGUAAAAUUUAAGGCAAUGAAUAUCUCAGUAAAUGUGAAAGCGUAAAAAAUUUGUAAAAUUUUUUUGUCUGUGUAAAACUCCCAAUGCGAUAUGAAAACAAAAACUUAAAUGUAGCAGCGAAAACAAAAUCAAGAAAUCGUCAAAUAAAAUGUGAAAAUUUAAUUAAAUGCAAUGCGAUAUAAUUUGUAAAAAUUACAAUUAACGUAACGAGGAAAACUCAAUGUUCUCACAAAUACAUAACACACCAUCCACACAUCCACACCAACAUACAAACACACGAAAGUAUCUAUUACCAGCAAAAAGUAUCUAUCAAAGCGAAAAACUAUUUAUUAAAAAAGAGAGAGAAAGAAAGAAAUAAACAAGCAAAAUACGAAAAAAUACAUGUAUUAAUUUUUUAUUAUUAAAAAA